CGAGCUAUCCCUGCACUCAGCUGCUUUCAGAGCACAUACAUGGCUUGUGUGACAGCAACAGCACACAGAAGCAGCAAUGAAAUGCAGUUAGCUGUACAGCUGGAAGACAAGCAGGCAGGCACUGGUCCAGUGCCUAAAAUGAUCCUACCGUGAGCCAGUCUGCAGUGCCUCCAGAAGUGCUUGACUACUACACAGGAACACAGCUUUCUUUGCAGAUACUCUGUGGCGUGUAACUCAGUUUCCCUUGGUGACUGCAGUGUGUAUUUUCUCUCUUUCCCUGUGUCCUUUUCUCCAGGAUGGCGGAGGCAGAAUUGCACAAGGAAAGGCUGCAAGCCAUAGCAGAAAAAAGAAAAAGGCAGACAGAAAUAGAAGACAAGAGGCAACAGCUUGAGGACCAGAUACUUCAGCUGCAGCAUUUCAAGUCAAAAGCACUUCGAGAAAAAUGGCUGGUACAAGGGAUUCCUGCUGGCUCAGCAGAAGAGGAAGAAGCCAGAAGGAGGCAGUCAGAAGAGGAUGAGCUAAAGGUGAAAGAGCUUGAAGACAACAUCCAUAGGAUCCAGCCCAUCAUGUCCAAAGAGACACAAAUCGUGGCUGCUUCAUUCCAGAUUUUAAUCAAACCUGCAUUUGAAUUAUGCAGAAAACUUAGUGCAUUGAUUAGGAGAACAUCCGAGCAUCAUGCACAGGAGAAAUGGAAGAGCCCCAUGCAACAGAUAUACUUACUUCCUGGACUGGAAACACUUCAGAGAGAGGAAGCUCUGACAGCAAAAUCACUCUUGUUCAAGCAGAAGAUAGUGUUAGAUGGUUCAAGUGAUGUAGCUAUGAUGGUCCAGGAAUUAUGUGAGAGGCAACGAAGUGUUUGGGAGGCCAAUCUUUUAUUGGAAUGA